UAAACCUUCCAAUAGCGAAAUGCCUGCCUAAUGCAUAUUAAUGAGCUACGAGGGCCAGUCCAAUAGUGACAGUUUGAGUUAUGAAUAUUAACAACUAAGGUUUACCGUAGUAGAUUUCAUAACUUUGCAGUCGGGCCUCUUGAAGAGGACUGUGGGGGAGGGUCACGUGACGUGUGUACACACAGUAGAGUUCAGCACCACUCGAUUCGUAGUAAGAUCAUCAGCGUCCUCCCCUUUCCAGAACAAGCUUUGACGCACCAGAGACGAAUGUUCCAUAUGCAACUGUGUUUACGCCACAUAUUGGCGACUUAAUCGAUCGCAUUUUUUUACUUCCUUUAUUUUAUACGAAGUCCUGGAAGUCUAGCUACCGAUUUGGGAGCUUUUGCCAAAGUAUCCGAAGAGAAAUGUCAAUGGAAAUACAGCAGAACCCGAUGCCUCCGUAGAGAGCUGUCUCUCAGUGCCAAGAACUGGUCCUCUGCUGAUUCAGAAAGACGGAGCAGACACCUUUGGAAAGUCUAGCGAUGUGGAGUUGCAUGGUUUACAAUGAGACGGACGACAACGUGGACCUCCGGCUCUGCCAGGACUUCGGACUCAUUCUGUCCGUCUUCUCUCUGGUGUACCUCAUUGUCUGCUUUCCACUGGGGCUUUGCUACAAUGCCCUGCUGGUGGUGGUCAACCUUUCCAACAAGGUCACCAUGACCAUGCCUGAUGUCUACUUUGUGAACAUAGCCAUUGCUGGUCUGGUGCUCAACUUGGUGGCUCCAGUAGAGUUGCUGGGUCCCAGUUUUACACGCUGGCCAAUGUGGGAAUACAACAACGAGAUCUACAUCACCCUCCUCAUUCUCUUCAACAUCUCCUCUCUGGUCAUCAUGUACUCCACUACCUUGCUCAGUCUGGACUAUUACAUAGAGCGAGCUCUUCCUCGCACCUACAUGUCCAGCGUCUACAACACCAAGCAUGUUUGCGGCUUUAUCUGGGGCGGUGCCGUACUCACCAGCUUCUCUUCGCUGCUCUUCUACGUGUGCAAUCACGUCUCCACUAAGAUCAUCGAGUGCUCCAAGAUGCAAAACAAAGAGGCGGCUGACGCCAUCAUGAUGUUCAUUGGGUAUGUGGUGCCGGCGGUUGCCGUGCUUUACGCGUUCGUGCUGAUCCUCCGGAUCAGGAAGGAGUCCACGCCUUUGGACCAGGACUCUGGGAGGCUCGAUCCUUCAAUCCACAGGUUGCUGCUGGCCUCGGUGUGCAUGCAGUUUCUUCUAUGGACUCCGUACUACAUGACCUUACUGGUGCACACAGUGGCUGGAGCUCCUGGGAGCUAUUCCAACAGGCAGCACCUCACCACAUACUUCUUCCUGAGAUGUUUAUCCGUGCUGCUCGCCUUCUGCAGCAGCUUUGCCAUUCCCCUCAUGUACAGGCAAAUGAACAAGAACUUUUCGCAUAAACUUCAGCGGCUCCUAAAGAGGCUGCACUGCGGGGACCAAUCGUGUCCUCACGAACGCUCCACAGUACAGCAGGUGGUCACAUGACCUGCUUUCGGACCUGCUUCUCCCUCACUAGCACUUACUCCGAAUCCACAGAAGUAGAGCCAGCAUAUGAACCUGGAUAUAUAUAUAUUGUGUGCAGAAAGGAAGCUCACCACAAGGUGUGUCUCUGUGAAUUUUUGUAACCUCUGUGACACUUAACUUUAUUUGUCCAUCUCUGCGGUGAGUGGGCGACCAAGAAGAAACCACUAAGUGCUGUUUUUGUGUAAGCUAUGUCUGUUCUUUGGGUUUUUGGGGCCUGGGGAGAUCUCAACCCAUCCGAUGGUCCGUUCGGUGGAGGGGGAAAAGGUUGAACGUGUGUAAUCUGUUACAGGAUAUGUGGCAUAGCCUUCUAAUGUGAUGCUUUUAGACCAACCCAUUCCCUUUUAGCUCAAGGCCAAUCUCUGUGUUGUGAUCCACAACAGCAUAAGCUCUUCAGUCACACUUUCUAUAAAAACUCUCUGGUAGACGCUAGUAUACACGAUAUAAUUACCUCAAUUUCACACACCAUUACAUUACAACUUUUACACCAUUGCAUUACAACUUUUACAGCACCCAGAAAUAACUCAGUGAGACUGAUAUCAGGGAGCGGGAAAGAUGUGUUUGUAGAUGUGUGUAGUUGUGUGCGGGUGGUUGUGUGUUCUCGAGUGCUCGCUGCUAAGGUGAUGUGCGUCAUAACUGCUCAUAUUAAAUGUAUAGCUUUUUGAGGCGAAGCUAUAGACAUUAUCUACUAGACAGUUUUAUGGUCAGCUCGUUAGAAAUUGAAUCUUCUUUGUUAAAUACUUGUUCAAUCAUUAGCCUGUUACUACUGUAAUUAUUAUCCAUGCGACAGAAGGAAGUGGUUAACAAUUCACACGUUUGAGAAGUGAAUUCAAGCUGCAUCAAUACAAUCAAACAUAUUUGAUUUCGUUUAACAGGUUUACUUUCAAGAAGAAACCCACUCAGAUUUGUUCUGGAACAUACAGUUAAUGAGUAUUGAUCUGACUUUAUUGCUUCUAAAUCAUUAAUCAGAUUGGGAAAACGUUUUUUCUGUCUGAUGUGUAUAUCCAAAAAGAAGUAGCUUUUAUUGAGAUUAGUUGCAUGAAUAAUUGAAUCGUAUGCAUAUAUAGAGAAAUAUGCAUCAAUGCUCUCAAGACUGGGAGAAAAUCGUAGGCGUUCCCAGAAAAUAAUACUGGCAGGAUGAGAAAUAGAACAGUUUAAGCUAGUGAAUGGUAUAUUGUUAUCGAAAAUGUCUUUACUCUUGUUUUUUUCUUGAGUCAGUGGAUGCAAAAUUAGUAUAUUUUGAAGAGAAAGCACUGUAUGUGAAUGGAAGAGUGGAAGAGAAUGUGUCAUUUAAAUCCACUUUUGUAUGCAAGGGAAAGAAUGUAUUUAAAGAUUUAAAGUCAUGGAGGGGAUUCAAAUCAGUUAACCCUCAAUCAUAAACGAUUAAGCAGCAUCAAAUCUCAAUGUUAUGGCUGUUGUUAGUUUGCUAAUGCCAGUAUGCAUCAUAUUAAGAAUGUGUAUAUAUUGUACUUCAGAGAUUUACUGGGAAAAAAAAAAAAAACAGACAUGCCAUUUUAGAGUACAGUAUUAUUUUCUCAGAGAUUUAUUUAGAUACUAAAGUGUCAGUCAUCCUCUGUCCCAUACUGAGUCAAAGACUUGUUCAAUAAACUAACAUGAAUAUAA